AUGAGGAAAAUUACCGUGAGCCACCGUCAAACGAUUCACAAACAGCUCCUCACCUCUAAGGUCCACACCACUUCAACCUCAGAAGGCUGUGGCUGGUCGCAAGGUCUGGAAGUAGUCCCACCACCAAUGUUUAGAAGAGUUGGGGAUCUGGUGGAGUUUGAAUACAAGCCGCAAGCGUUGAAGAGGAGCCAGGGGGGACUUGCACAUCCAAUUACGAUAUCGUUCUCCACCUUCAACGUUGUGUUUGGCUAG